UCAUAUUUCCUAGCAACCAAACAGGAUCAAAGAUUAGUCCUUUUGCUUCAAGCCGGAAGCUGCCGUAUCAACGAAAAGCCCCUUCUUGAAAUUUUGAAGGAGAAAAAAAAACCCCGACCUGGAAUUCUAGUUCCGGUUCUAAAAUGCUUCUCCCUCAGACCAGAAACAUUGGCCUUCCCAUGAUGAAUCUUAUGAGAUUCAAAGGAUUGCCCAUUUUGCAGCAACUACAUAUAGAGGAACAAUUGCUUCGAACUUCAUCAGAGAAUUGGUGCAUCAUCAAUGAUGGAACUAAUGAUCCCACCAUUGUAAUGGGUGUUUCAGGGAAACCUGCUGAACUUCUUGAAAUUGAAUCCGUGUUGCACGAUCAGGUUCCUGUCAUAAGAAGGUUUACGGGGGGAGGUACUGUUAUUGUUGACCAUGAGACAAUAUUUGUCACUUUCAUAUGCAACAAAGAAGCGGUUCCUGACUUACAGCCAUAUCCUCGAUCAAUCAUGUCUUGGAGUGGCUCUUUGUACAGCAAAGUCUUUCAAGGAAUUGGUGAUUUCCGUCUUCGUGAAAAUGAUUAUGUAUUCGGUAACCACAAGUUUGGUGGAAAUGCUCAGUCCAUUACCAAGAAUAAGUGGAUCCACCACACAUCAUUUUUAUGGGACUUCAAUGUCCGGAACAUGGCUUACCUAAAGCUUCCUAAACGAGCUCCUGCAUAUCGAUCGGCAAGGGGCCAUUUGGACUUCAUAUGCAGACUGAACGAUUACAUGCCGAGAUCAACUUUCAUUGAUAAAACUGUGGAGGCAGCUGGAACCCAGUUUUCGUUGAGAUCCCUCGAGUUGGAAGCGAUUGAAACUUGCUUGGAAACAGAAUUCCGUCCCUCAACCAGGUUCCUGACAAGUGAAGAACUGGAAGUAGCAGCAGCUGUUGCAGGGCAGUAACUUGGGCUUCUUUGAGGAAUCAGUUUUAUCGUUCCGCAAUUGUGGCUUGACAGAGGGAAGCAUUUCGCCGGCUUGCUCGAUCUUUGUUGUAUCUCAUUAUGAUUCAUGAAGUUGACAAUCCAAUCUUGGCACCAGUUUAAUAAAAAAAUCAAUUGCCUGUAAACUGGAAUUGCAUUGUAAGAAAUGUUUUCUGUUGAAAAUGAACAAUUGGACAAUAACAUCAUUCAAGGGAAUCUUUCACAUUCAUUGUUUCCAUUUCUGCCUCUGUUUGAUCUAUAUAUAGUUGUUGAUCCGAAAAGAUUUAUAAUCUAUGGAUUAUGAGGGAACAAUG